CACCAAAAAAUUUGUGAUAUCGCCUCUCACAACACCAUAGUUGAUCUCGUAUGUACCUCUUAAAUUACAUAAUAUCUAAAAGCAAAUUUUGUUUCACCAGAUGCUCAAAGUCCUGAUUUUACUUCUGUUAGCGGCGGUAGCUCUCCUGCCGGUCUACCUUUUAUAUCUGAAGAGUCCUCCUCCACUGCCUGAGGUAGAUCUAAACGCGUGGUGGGGAUUAGGAGAACCUAAAGAAGAUACCGCUAUAACACCAUACAACAUCAAAUUUACCCAACCGGUAAUAAAGGAUCUCAAAGACCGUUUGAAAAAUCGCCAACAAUUCACUCCCCCUCUUGAAGGAGUCGCCUUCGAAUAUGGCUUUAAUACAAAAACCCUGGACUCCUGGGCCACAUAUUGGAUGGAAAAGUACAACUUCACAGAGAGAGAGAAUUUCUUCAAUCAGUACCCCCACUACAGGACCAAGAUACAAGGACUGAACAUUCACUUCAUCAGAGUUACACCAAAAGUUCCACCAGGCAAACAAUUAGUACCUUUGCUUAUGGUACAUGGUUGGCCAGGCUCUAUUAGAGAGUUCUAUGAAGCCGUCCCUUACUUGACUGCCGUCAGUAAAGAUAGAGACUUCGUGCUGGAACUGAUUAUACCAAGUCUUCCAGGCUAUGGACAUUCGGAGGCAGCAGUGAGGCCUGGUAUGGGUCCCCUGGAGAUCGCAGUGAUCUUAAGGAAUCUGAUGCAGAGGCUCGGCUUUCAAAAAUAUUACAUACAGGGUGGCGACUGGGGUUCCAUCAUCUCAGCCAACAUGGCAACGCUAUUUCCUAAGGAAGUACUUGGGUACCACUCAAACAUGGUAGCCAUAUUGUCGCCAACAAUUACUUUCUUCGAACUCUUAGGCUCAAUCUACCCUCCUCUAGUAGUGGACAGUAAACUGGCUGAUCGUUUAUAUCCUCAAUCAGACAUGUACAGCUUUUUGAUGGAAGAGUCUGGCUAUCUUCAUAUACAAGCCACAAAGCCUGAUACUAUUGGAAUAUCCUUAUUGGACUCACCAGCAGGUCUCAUGGCCUACAUUUUAGAAAAAUUCUCAACUGGAACCUGUAGAGAUUUCCGCUCGAAAAUUGACGGAGGUCUCGAAAUACGAUUCACUAAGGACCAAUUGAUUGACAAUCUGAUGAUGUACUGGACUACCAGGUCUAUGACUACGGCUAUGAGACUCUAUUCAGAAGGCUUCAACAAGAGAUACAUGUCUUUGAAAAUGGAUGAAAUCCCAACGCCUGUACCAAUGUGGGCCUUGCAAGCAAAACACGAAAUAACAUACUUACCGCCAUGGCUAAUCAAAUUAAAGUAUCCUAACCUUAUCAAAGACAAUCCCAUCGAUUAUGGUGGUCAUUUCCUGGCGUUAGAACGACCACAGAUGUUCUCCGAAGAUGUCUUGAACGCAGUCCAAGCUUUCAAACAGUGGCAUAAGAAUAGUAACGUGAAGACUGAUUUAUGAGAUCAUGAUGAAUAGCUUUUUCAAUUGUGCUUUUUAAAUAAAUAUUUUUGAAAUCAAUGUGUUUCAUGAUACAA